AGCGGACUACUCGUAAUAACGUAGUGUGGUUUUAGUUUUUUAUUCGGAAAAGCAGUGAAAAGUAUAAACAUAACACAGACGAAAACAUAACGACGUUACCAAUGGUACCUUCAACAUCGAACUUAAUGGAAAAUACUUAUAAAAAAAAAAAGAAAAAUUAAUUAACCUGUUGGUCGAAGGUACGAUUAAAAUUAUUUUAUACUUAAAUUUUGCGCUUAUUAUAGGGGAGUUGUUGAGUUGGUUCAACCACAAUGUGUAGUUUUUGGAGAAGUGCUUGCAAACGAAAGUUUAAAAACAAUCAAAAUUAAAGACAUUUAGAUUCAAAACAUUAUUUUGAAUCAUUAAAAGAAAACUUAAAUGAAAACCAAAAAGCCAUAGAAUAAUGUUUUAUCAGUUUCGCAGUCUACUUUAAAAGCAUCAUUUUUAGUCUCGUAUAAAAUUUCGAAAUAUUUGAAACCAUAUACCGAAAUUAUUUUUCUUUAUUUCAUUGUGUAUGUGUAAUUCUUCUAAAACUGAAUUAAUGUAAAUGUUAUUUUGGGUAUUUAAUAUUUCUAAGUCUGUAUUAAUAUUAAAAUCUAUAAUAUGGUUAUUUUCUAAAACGUGUUUAGCGAAAUUUGAAUUAAGGGCAGUCUUUUUUAAUUUUAUUUCAAAAAUGUUCUUUUUUUCUUAUUUUAAAAUUUCUAUUCGUCUUAACUAUAUAAAAUUUAUUACAGGUACAUUUAAGUUUAUAUAUACUAGCAUUUAAAAGUAGGGUUUUUGAAGUUUUUAGUUCUAUUGUUUAUAUAAUUAUAAUUCAAUUAUUAUUAAUAUUAAAAACGAUUUUUACAUUAUUUAUAUUAUUGUUCAGAAUUUUAGCAAAUACGUUAGACAUAUUAAUUUGAUAUCUCAUACUACAAUAGUUAACAACAUUAUUUAGUGAGUUGUGUAUUAUUUUUUCUUUAAUACGUUUAUAAUGUGUUUUUUUAUAUUAUUUAAAUUUAAAUUAUUUCUAUAGGUUAUAUUAUUGCCAAUAUUAAUCUCGUGUUGAUAAUUAUGAUUAUUUAAUGGAAUACGUUAAAGCCUAUAAAAUAUUGAAUUAAACAUUUUUUAGGAAUAAGGGUGAUUAGAAUCAUGUGGUAUUAUAGUAUCAGUUUGUGUGGAUUUCUUGUAAAUACUAAAAUCAAAUUUAUUGUUUAUUAUGUAAACUGUAAGUACUAAAAAAAUUGUAUUUAUUAUUUAUUUGUAUUUCGAGUGUAAAUUGAAUGAUUUUGUUUAAGUAGUUAACUAAAUUUUCUGCUUGUCUGUUUGAAUCUCCAAAUAAAAUGAAUGUUUCAUCAACAUAUCUAUAAUAUCCUUUUAUACAUGAACUAUAUAUUUUGUUGUUAAUAAUAUUAUUGAUUUCAUAAUUUUGCAUGCAAAUUUCAGAUAAAAGAGCACUUAAAGCACUACUCAUAACUAACCCAUCUUUUUGAGAAUAUAAUUUAUUAUUCUAUUGAAAAUAGUUUUGAUUAAUAAUUACGUUUAUUGAUUAAAUAAUUUCUUGUAUUUUAUUUGUAUUAAAUUUACUGUUUUGUGUUUAAGAAUGGAUGUAUAUAAAUUUUUGAUGUCAAGAGAAAUCAUUUUUUAACCUGGUUCAAUAUUAAUUUUAUUAAUAAAAUCAUAAGUGUUUUUUAUAGAAGUAUCAGUAUUCAUGAUUAAUUUUUAAUUUAUGAGAAAGUCUGAAUAUUUAGCAUGGUUAUAAGCUGGAGCAGUUUUAAAGUUAAUGGACAAAUUAUUUUAUUAUGUAUUUUAUGUUAUACUAUAACUCAUCACUGAUUGAGCAUGAGACGUAUACACUAUUCUUAAAAAUUGUUGAAUUAAAAUAUAUCUUAAGCUCUUAAGUACAUAAAAUAACUUACGAAUCAAGCUUGUUACAUGUUGAAUAUGAUUAUGCCAUUUAAACUCCUCAUCAACAAUCACCUUCAAAUACUUAAUUGUAUUAACAUUUUUAAUACCUGUACAUUGACUGAACAAAAUGUUUAGUAGAAUUUGAUAAUCGAAAAUAAACAUAUUUAGAUAUGUCUAAAUUAAGAUCUAUCAUGUUAUUCUAAUGAAAUUUUAACUAUAUUUAAACGUAGAGGACGUAGCAGAUUUAUAUAAAUCUUAUUAUUAUUUUCCUUAACAAUUAUAACUGUAUCAUCAGCAUAUGAUAUCAUUGUACCAUUAAUUUUCAAAUCAAGAAGACCAUUAACAUAAAUAAAAAAAAAAAAUGGACCUAAAACUGUUCCGUAAAGAACUCUAUGUAUUGUUAUAGGGUUACUUAUAACAUUAUUAAUUUUUAUAACUUAGUUUCUAUUGCUUAAGUUUUAAACAAAUAAUUCUAGAGCUUUUCCUCUAAUACCAGACUAUUCAAGCUUAUUAAUUAAAAUGUUGUGAUCUACUAUUUCAAAAACUUUUUUAAAAUCUAAAAAUAUACUCAAAACUUUUUUAUUAUUAUCUAAAUUUGUAUGAACAAAAUUAGAAAAUGAGAUUAAUGCAUUAGAUAUUGAAAUCAAAUGUGAAACCAAAUUGAUUAUCAGAAAAAGAAUUAUAUUUAUUUAAAAAUCCUAAUAACCUACUUUUUAAACAUUUUUCAAAAACUUUUGCUAAUUAUUAUAAUUAUUGUAAUUAUUACAUUGCUGUUUAUCUCCAUCUUUAUAUAAGAGAAUGAUUAUAGAUUUUUUUAAAUAUUAAGGAAAAACAAUGACAGUAAAUAUGUCUACUAACAAGAAAAGUCAAUUGAUUGAGCUUUCUUGUGACAACAAACUUAAACAAAUAUUCAAUGAAACUUCUUUAGAAGUUUUUUGGACAUAUUAUUUAUGCACAGGAAGUUAUGUAAAACUAGCUGCUAUCCAUAUAGCACAUAUCUGUGUGAAAAGGGGUUUUCGAAUUUCAAAACGUCUAAAAGAAAUGGACUUCAAACAGAAAACUAUCUGGAUUGCACUGUGUAAAAUUGAGCCAAGAUGGAGUAUUUUGUGUGAAAAUAGUUUGGGUUAAACACCACAUUAAUUUUUUAUGUAUCAUUACAUAUAAUACUAUUAAAAUAUUACUUUGAUACCUAAAAAAAUGUAAAUUUGUAUUUAUUCAGUUAUAAAAGCACUUUUACAAGCACACUAAGACAUUAAGCAAUUUUAUUUUUUUUUUUGGUUUUCAUAGCCAACAAAACUGUCUUGGUUAGCAAAAAAUGUAUGAAAAGAAAAGUGAGUCAUAAGUCAAAAAGGUUACAACUGGUUUAGAGGAGUAUAUGAAAUCAUGCACUGCCAUAGCAUGCAGAGGUGUAUUAGCAGCUAGUUUUUUUUUUUACAGUGUUGUUUACUAAUCGGUAACUAAUUAGUUAAUCAUGGAUAACUUAAUCUAGAGAGCUUAGGCUCUCUAAAUUAAUCCAUUUUAGUUGUCCCUUAACUAACCUUAGUUUUCUUGUUAUAGGGAACUUAAAUAAUUUGAAAUUAAAUAUAUUAUAUAAAUUUCGAGUAUUAAUCACUUUAAUAAUUUUGUUUUUUUCACUGUAAUAUUUUCAAUUAAAUGCCUAGCAUUAGAUUUUGAAAAAUGAUAUAUAAUUUAAAUAAUCAUACAUCAAUAAAAUAUGUUUGCUGUUGUCGAUAAAAAUUGACCUAAUCUAAUUAUAAGUAAUCUGUUUAUAAUAAUUUUCCGCAAAUUAUAUUUAUUGGUUUAUUCAAAUUUUGUGAAUUUUUCAUUAUUAAAAUUAUGUUAUUUUAAUUUAUGCAUCUUGUGUACACCAUAAUAUUAUCCCAAAAAUAAUAAUGAAUAAAUCUUAAAAUCUUAAAAUUUAUACAGUUAUAAGUAUUCGCAGUUGAAAGCGAAAGAGCCGCUAUACGGUGGAAUUUAUUAGAACUACUCUACUGGGAAAAAUGUAUGUUAUAUUGAAUACUAAUUUCUAAGUUUCUUUGUAAUAAUCUCGAUUUAUUGUAAUAAUUAUAAAUAUAGCUUUAUUUGUUGAUUAUAUGGAUAACCCUAGUUAUUAUUCUAGCUUAAAUUAUAAUUAAAUUAAAAAUAAUAAAAAUGCAUAAAUUAAAUACAAACUUAUAUUGAACUUACAUAAUAUACAAUAUAAUGUUUAAACUAUAUCAUUUCUUCUGAAAGUAAAUUUGACUAGGGAAGUACUUUAAAUCAGUCAUUUUUUGAUUUUCCAGAAUUAUUAUCAACAAAUGAGAAAAACCAAAGGAAAAAUGGGAAAAUAUAAGAAAUGUAGAUAUUAGUUAAAAAAUACUAUGGCCUUUUUUUUUCUUUUGAAUCACUUUUCUACAAGCAAUUUUAUUUCAAUUAACAAUGAUAGCAUUUUUUCAUUUUCAAGCCAAUGUGAAAAACCGGGAAAAUCGGUACAUCAUUAAGCAAAUAUUAUUAAAGAAAAUAUAUAGAACCUAUUUAAUUAUUUUACUAUAAUAUGACAUCUAUAUUGUUGACAAAGCAUCACUAUCAUCUUUACUUCGCUCAGAAUCGUUUUUUCGUUAGCAAUAGUUUAUCUUUGAUAGCAAGAUACGUUAAAUUACUUAUACCAGUGGUUGCACCUCUCCUUUUUAUUCUAGGGCGUUUUUUUUCCUCCUAAAUUUAUUUCAAUAAUAUGAUUGCAUUUAACUAUUUCUAAAUCCUCUAAAAAAGGUUUUUUAAAUCACCAAUAUAUUAAAUUAUGUCGGUGAUUUUUAUUUCAGAAUUAAACAUUAUGUACUUUUAUUGCUACAAAUUGUAAAUAAAUUAAGUUUCAAUAAGUAAACUAAAAAAAAAAAAACUAGUAAUAAAUGGACUAUUUUGUCUAAAUUAUUUUUGUUAUUAUUAUUAUAAUGCUAUCAUAGUGUUCAUCUCCCCGUUAGCCUUAUUAUUAACCAGAGCACUACUUAUAGUUCCUUUCAAUCGCGAAUCCCAUGUCCUGUGCGGUUAAUGCGGAGAUUCGCGCUAUGAUAGCUAUGAUAUUAGCCAAAAUAAUCUGUUUAUUACUAAUAAUAAUAAAAAUAAUUAAGUAGGUUUUAUAUAUUUUCUUUAAUAUUUGUUUAAUGUUGUACCGAUUUUCCUGUUUUUCUUACGUUUUUCCCGAUUUUUCACUUCUGCUGGGAAAAUGAAAAAAUUACCUCUUUAAAGUACCCCCAGGGUCAAAAUUUCUUUUUAUAAAAAAUGCUAUUAUAAAUCAGAGCAAUAUUUUUGGUAGAAAAGUUGUGCACAGAUAAAAAAAAAUAAUAAUAAUAAAAAAUAAAUAUCUUUGUAAAACCAUAAACUUCUUCGCUUCACUGAAAAUCUAAAACUAUAUAUUUACCAAAAUUUCAAAACUGUUUUCAAACCAGUGACUAUUACAGAAAACCUCACGAAAUAGGUGCAUUUUAAACACUAUAUCUAUUGUAUAUUAUAUAUUAUGUAAGUUCAACACAAGUUUGUAUUUAAUGUAUGCAUUUUUAUUAUUCAUUUAGCUAGAAUAAUAGUUAUGGUCAUCCACAAUAUCAACAGAUAAAGCUAUAAUUAUGAUUUUUAUAAAGAAAUUCAGAAGUCAGUACUUUGUACUCAAUGUCUUAAUAUAAUAUUAUAAUGUAAUCAAACAUACAUUUUCCGUUAAAGCAGUUCAAAUAAAUUCCACCAGGUAGCGACUCUUGCUUUUAAUCGCAAAUAGGGACAUCGGUUUGUUUUGUAUUGUCCCUGGAAUAUUGUUAUCAAUAAUGCAUCAUUGUUUCAUUAACCUAUAAUUAAUGAAGGUCCGAAGGUGGAAUAAUAAUUAUUUUAAUUAUUCUUAAUAAUUAUUAAUCCACCUUGGGAGGUCUGUUUUCUGCAUAUCUAUGGUUUUCUUAGUUUAUUCUUGUUUUAUGCACACACUAACGCAUAAACAUACAUACAUACACACACAAACACGCGGUUUACUGGUGUUUCAUUAUAAUCGUCGUGGCCGUCGUCCAUUAAUCCAUUGUUUUGUGUACCGAUUACGUGUUUCUAGAAAAAAAAAGUACUACUUAAUAUAUUAUAUACACAUAAUUUAUAGUAUUUUAUAAAAUGAUACUCAUUAAACGUGGCCGUGGUUUUGCUAUUUACGUAGAGGAUGAUACCCGAAAAGUAUCGUACAAAUACCGUACCGUGGAAUCGAUGAAUUUUUCUAAGGUCCAAGCGAUUAAUAGAGACGCCCAUAAAAGCUUCCAAACUAUUCACGCUACCCGAACUAAAGAGACCAACAGCAGCCUGAUUUACGAUAAAGCCAACAUCAUAAUUAAUGAGCUCGAACAUUUGAUCCAACAAAAAGACGAAAAGAUAUGUAAACAAAAUCUUUUAGGUGCAACUGUGAGUGAUAAUAAAUUAGAAUUAAUAUUGCUUAAUAAUAGACGAUUAAUAAGAAAUAUUGUACUUUUUAAGAUUUUUAUAUAAAUUAUAAUAAUUUUAAUAAUAAGAAGAUAUAGGUAUCAUAGUUAUGGGUAUAUAUUAUACGCUCUUUACAUUUAUCGUGUUAUUAAACAUGUUUUUGAUUAGCCUAGGUUAUGUUCAUUAAUUUAUAGUCUAGUUUUGUUAGUUACACAAUUUAAAAAUUGAAAAUUGAUUAAAAAAAGAAAAAAAAGUUCAUCUAUACCUGGCUGCGGAGAAUGAACUUUUUAUUGAUCUUGUAUAGCAGAACUAUGAAAUAGUAGAACAUAAUUACGAAUUUAAUUCAAUUCCAUGGCUGCCGUGUAAAUAAGUCCAAAAAUAAAAAAUUAAAUAAUAAUAAUACAUAAAGCAAGUAUGCGUAAUAUUCAUAGUAGAUUUGUACAUAAUGAUUGUAGCAAGUCUAUAAACCGAAUUUAUAGCUGAUAACCGAGCAAAAGUGGUGGGGUAUCUUACAAACGUUGUUUAUGUAGUGUUACAUGCUCUUGGUGAAACCCAAUGUUUCGGCUAUUGGACGUUUAAAGUCAUAUUUAAUAUGGCUUCGUUUAUAGUGAUUUUAAGAACAACGCUUAAUAAAUAUUAACACAAAUCAAGGUCAAAUAUCAAACUGAUAAACAUAUAAUUUUUAUAGCAUACCUACUACGCUGGUCGAUUUUUUUUCUUCUAAUAGAUACGUGUAUAUUCAUUAGGCAGAUUUCAUUAUGAAAAAGCAAAAUAUAUAACUUAACAUUAUACCAGUAGAUAGAAAAUAAAAUGGAAGUUAAUUAUACAUUAAUGAGCUUUUUAGCAUUUUAGCUUCAUAUUUGAAUUUCAAUGAAUUUUAUUAAUUUUAUUGUAUAUUGCUUUAAACUGGCAUAUAUUGGCAUUUCCGCAAUUGUUAUUUUAAAUUUUAUUUCAAACUUGUAUAGUAAAAUGGUAGGUAUUUAAUAUGACUGUAUUACUUUUUAAUUUAAAAAUUGAUAUCCAAUUUAUGAUCGUCAAAAAAAUAUCAUCAAUGCUAAAAAUGUAUUUAGUACAUAAGAAUUUUAAUGUAUUAGUACCUGUAACAUUUUUUUUAAUCUUUAAAACUUCAUUUACCUUUAAUGGAGAUUUGAAAAAAAAAAUCCUAAUAAAUUAAUGAUUUGUUUAUUAGGUUCAUCAACAUAUGUAAAAAGAAAAAAAGCAUUAUGUUCUAAUUUAUUUUUGAGCAUUUUAUAUUCAAAUUUUUAAAAUAAUUUUGUAAAAAAAUGUGUAGAAAGUGAACACCACCAUGAUAUUACGUUCUUAAAACAAUUUAUGGAACUAGAAUAAUUAGUUACAUACACAUUUAUAAAAAAAAAUUUUUUUUAUGUACAAUUAUUUAUUUUUUUUUAAUGGUUUGCAUUUUAUAUAGCUAAAAUCCAAAUUAGGAGAAAAUUAUAAAAUUAUCGCAGAGAAUUCAAUGAAAAAACAUUCCCAAUUUAGAGACAAUUAUAAAGCUGUUCCUAAAAAUACAGUGAGAACCAGUAGCACCACUUGUUUGGCUAAUAAUAUACCAUUUGGUCAACGUUACAACCAAAGAAUUACAAUACCAAAGUACAGAACAGAAAUGAUGUCUAAGAAAUGUGCAAGGGUGAACAAACUAUUAUUAUUAUUAUUUAUCUUAAAUCAGUAACUAUUUUAAGUAAAAUUUAUUCCUGUUUAUUUUUUUUUUUUUUUUCAGAAAAGAACUGUCAUUGAAAAAUCUGUUCAUAGAUUGAAAGGAUCAAGUAUCCAAGAAGAAGUAUUUCAAUAACUUAAAUAUGUCAACCUACAUAGUUAUAAAGUUAUUUGUCUACUAUUUUCUCACAAUAUUAACACAAAAUAAAAAAAAACAGGUAACAUUUUAUACAUCUAUCACACAAAAUCUCAGACUUUGGAACAUUUUUGUAACCAAUGUAACGAAAUAAUUAUUUAUUUCACCAGUAUAUUUCAGUUGUAUCCGUUAUACUGUCAUUUAUGAACAAUGUAUUUGUUGUUUUUCUUUUUUCUGGUAAUUUUUAUCAGAAUAUAUCUAC